CUACUGUAGUUUUUACCCUCUCCUCAUAGUUCGUCAAUAUCUGAAGCGAGAGAAGGGGAUGGGGACUUAUAAAAUAUCCUCUUCUCCAAGAGGAUAAGGAAUGGCUGAUAACCUCGGCUUAGAUUGGAGGUCAGAGCAGGAUUUCCCUUACCAAGAGGGCGACAGGCGCCGGGACGUAAUCAGCGCGCGCCUACGGGAGUUCGGCGCGCAAGCCCCGCGGUGGCGUCACGGAUUCGCGACCGGGCCGGCGCUGGGGGAAGGAGAGCGGGCGACUGAGAUCCGGAGGAAUUGCGUCCUGUUCGCGGCGAGCCAGCUCCGGACCUGCCUCUGAGCACUUUCCAGGCUUUGGGGUAACAGAGCUGGCCUGCUGAGGGAUGCCCAAGAAGUUCCAGGGUGAGAAUACCAAGUCGGCAGCGGCCCGGGCACGGAGGGCUGAGGCCAAGGCAGCAGCUGAUGCCAGGAAGCAGAAGGAACUGGAGGAUGCCUACUGGAAGGAUGAGGACAAACACGUCAUGAGGAAGGAACAGCGCAAGGAGGAGAAGGAGAAGCGGCGCCUGGAGCAGCUUGAGCGCAAGAAGGAGACGCAGCGCCUGCUGGAGGAGGAGGACUCUAAGCUCAAGGGCGGCAAGGCCCCCCGUGCGUCUGCGCCCAGCAAGGUCACCCGGGCCCAGAUCGAGGAGACACUCCGCCGAGACCACCAGCACAAAGAAGCCCCGGACCCAGUCGAGAAAGCCAAGAGCCACUUGGAGGUGCCGCUGGAGGAGAAUGUGAACCGCCGCGUGCUGGAGGAGGGCAGCGUGGAAGCACGCACCAUUGAGGAUGCCAUCGCCGUGCUCAGCGUGGCAGAAGAGGCUGCGGACCGGCACCCAGAGCGCCGCAUGCGGGCGGCCUUCACUGCCUUCGAGGAGGCACAGCUGCCGCGGCUCAAGCAAGAAAACCCCAACAUGCGGCUGUCACAGCUAAAGCAGCUGCUCAAGAAGGAGUGGCUGCGGUCGCCAGACAACCCCAUGAACCAGCGGGCCGUAACCUUCAAUGCCCCCAAGUGAGCCCAGAACUGGGGGAGCCGCCCCACAGGCGGUCAGGGUCGUGAAGUCACACGCCCUCCUGCUGGGUCAGCUGCGUGGGUUACAGAGAGGUACGGGGCUGAGGCGUGUGUCCUGGGGGCUACGUGGCAUCAUAGGUCGUGCCUCCCGCUGGAGAGUCCCGCUUCGAGUGAUGCCCGCCGCCCCCUUCCUGCGCCCGCAGAGCCCUGGGAAUGAUGCCCAAUAAAAGCAGUCGGUGAGGCA